AGAGAGAUUCUACGAUCUGUGUCUCUGGUAUGUUCUGUGGAAGAGGACGGUGUUUUUCUCUCUGGGACCUGGAGAGUCUAAGCUGUUCCUGAUCUGUCUUGUAAAUUUCUCUUUUAGGCGACUAGUGUUUUGUCUUUUAUAGCAAACGCGAAUCAUUAUGUUCCUCGUGUUUUAAUUAUAUACUUUAUAGGGAAAAGGCUGCUAAACAGCUCUUGUAGCUCAGUUGGUUAGAGCACCCGUUUAGUAAGCGGGAGGUCUUGAGUUCGACUCUCAACGAGAGCAUUCCUUUAACUUAAUUUUCUUUUUGUCCUUCCUCCCAUCAGUUGUUAUUGAUUUUUUUUUCACGUAUUGUUCAUUUAUCCGUGUCCCGCCGUCUUUGGAAAACCAAUCAUUUUUUUAACACUAAAUCUUUACUAAUUUUGCUGACUAACAACAAAGUCAUGAUGAAGAUCCAUGGUUACAAAAGGUGGUACAUAAAAAGUGAUAACAGAAAGUUCAUUUUGAGUAAUUGGUUGCUUUGCUAGUUUAUCAGCCACUUUGUUUCCAUUUCUUCUUGUCCAUAGGAACCGAACAUCAGCAAACUUCUUACUCCACCACAUUGCUUCUUGAACCCAAUUGUAUCCAUAAAAAAAAGAUGAAUACGACUAUUCAUAAUGUUUAUUACCUUCUUACAGUUACAUUUAAAUUCAAUAAUUUUGUAACCUCUAGCACAACUAUUUUGCAUCAAAGACUUUUUUAACAUUCUUUCAGGUACCUUGAUCCUUCUUCUAUAGUAGUCGUUAAAGUCUCGGAAAACCCAACCCGCUUGUGGACAUAUGUGUUAGGAUCAAUGAAGGAGCCAUCGACGUUACAUUUGAUCCAUCCCUUCUUAAUUUGGCUUUCUCCAUUUCAUAUGAUAACUAUAGUUAAGUCGGUUAAUCGGAUCCUCAAUGACGCAUAAUCUUCAAAUUGCAUCAUCAAGGGCCUGAUGUAAUUUCCUCCAAUGUAUUUUUGUUAUUGGAAAAUGAGUAUAUUCCUACUUUUCUAAAUUCUCCAUGAUAUCCAAAGAGACAAGUCUAGUAAAUUACAUAAAUUACUUGAAUAACUACAAAGAAGGCAUGCCUCGAUCUUCUUUUCCAAAGUAGUAGUGAAGCUAUUAAUUAUGUGGUUCGAUAUACCUGAAGCUCGCCAUAUACGUCGGGCAUGUGUACAUUCAAAGAAAACAUGUAGUUUUGUUUCUUCAGCUUGACAAUAUCUUCGACAUUGGGUAGCAUGUGUAAUAUGUCGUCUGUGAAGAUUAUUCUUCGUAGCCAAACUCUUAGAUAACAUACGCCACAUGAAAUGUUUUAUUUUUGGGGAAAUAUAUAUUUGUCUUCCAAAUCCUCUGUUUCAACAUAAUAUUUCCAUAAAUAGGCGUGAUUUCUUCAUUUGUACUGAGAUGAUUACUUUGACCAGUAACAAGAUUUAACAAACCAUCUUAAUUAUAGUGUAAUCCUAAGAGGUCCAGGUUGGAAAAUGAGCAUAAUUUGAUGUUUAAAAUUGACAUCUUCCUCUACGACCAUUUCUAUAAUUUUCUGUUCAUCCCAUGAUUUCCAUCCAAAGAGAACAACUAAUUCACUUUGCCCAACUUAUCUCCUUGUAAUAUUGGUCUUGGUGGACGUGGUGGAUGAUAUGAGAUCCACGGAUCCGUCCAAAUAUAAUUAGGUUUCCAUCGUCUACUAUAAAAACGCAUUCCCUUACAUACUAAAUCUCUCCUAUAUAGAAUUGAUUUCCAAGCAUAUGAAGAUUUUUUUUUUUGCACUGAAGAUAUUCUCAUCAAGGAAUGCUUCUCUUUAAUUAAUCUGGCCAUUAAACAAUUAGGAUGUUGUAAGGUUUUUCAUACUUGUCUUCCAAGUAACGCUUGAUUAAAUCGUUAUAAAUCCCUAAAUUCUAGGCCAAUUUUGGUAGUGUUCCAUUAAUCUCUUCACACACUUAAUCUGAAAAUGUUCAUAGAGUACAUUGAUAUUGUCAAUGCCACUGCUUUUAACAACACUUCCUUACUACCUUGCCAAAAAAAUAUCUGAUUUCAUCCUUGUGUAGCCUUAACCUUAUCUAUGAUAUAGGUAAACCAAUCAUUUUAUUUUCUAAUAAACACAUCGAGUUUUUUUUACUGUAAUUAUUUUUUUUUCUUUUGCAAAUAUAGUUGAAGGUGCAUAAUCUGCAUGGCUGUAUUAAACCCCAAAUAUAGACCUUACAAAAAGAAGAAAUUAUUGGGAAUUAGCAAUUCAGAAAAUAAAAAAUAAAAACGAAAACGAAAAAAUCUCUUAAAAUUAGAAUUUGGAACACACACAAUGAGCUUUUUGUGUUUCUCUUUGUUCAGUUUUCAUCUCUCUCUUACGAAAAUCUUAAGGAAAGAACUUCCAGAUAACUAAAAGAAAUAUUUAAAAAGGAACAUCCAAAGAGAUUAUGGCGGAUGAGGGGCAAUCCUCGCAGAAUUCACCGCCGUCACCUCCCUCCUCCGACAACAACAACAAUCAACAGCAAUCUCCUCCUUCUCCUGACUCCUCCUCCCCUCCUUCACCACCUUCUUCAGACUCACAAUCUCCACCAUCACAACAACAAGGAAACAAUAACAACAACAACAACAACAACAAUAACAAUGGUGGAAACAAUGAUAACAACAACAACAAUGGUAAUAACAACAAUGACAACAACAACAAUGGCGGAAACAAUGACAACAACAACAGCAAUGGUAAUAACAACAAUGAUGGCAAUAAUGGUAACAAAAACAAUGGCAAUAACAACAACAAUGGUAAUAACAACAAGGGGAAUAACAAUGACAACAACAACAACAAUGGGAAUAAUAAUAACAACAAAAACAAUAACGGAGGAAGCAAAAACCGUUCGCCUCCGCCUCCUUCUAAAAAUUCCGGCCGUAACUCUCCUCCGAAAUCUCUGUCUCCUCCUAAAUCAAGCCGUGGUGGCUCUAAAUCCUCACGUAGCGACACACCCAACAUGGGUGCUAUUAUAGGAAUUGCAGCUUCUGCUGGAUUGUUGCUUCUUGUCAUGAUCUUGUUCUGCGUCUGUUGUUGUCGUAAGAAGAAGAAAAAGAAGAAUCAAAUGCCUUACUAUGCAAGCAACGGUUUCAACGGUGCGAGUGGUCAAUACCAACAUCAGCAACAACAAUACAAUAACCAAAGCGAUCAUGUAAUGAACGUAGGGAACAACAACUGGAUGAAUUCACCUCCUCCACCACCUCCUGGAACCUGGCAACCGACGCAACCAAUGCCCGUCUCAGGCGGUCUUAACAGCAGCGACAUGAGCUCAAACUACUCAGGCCCACACGGUCCAGCUCUACCACCACCACACCCUUCAGUGGCUCUAGGUUUCAACCAGAGCACAUUCACCUACGACGAGCUAGCCGCAGCAACGCAAGGCUUCUCUCAAGCGAGAUUGUUAGGGCAAGGCGGGUUUGGGUACGUUCACAAGGGGAUACUUCCCAAUGGUAAAGAGAUCGCUGUGAAGAGUCUCAAAGCAGGAAGCGGACAAGGAGAGCGAGAGUUUCAGGCUGAGGUGGAUAUCAUUAGUCGAGUUCAUCACCGGUUUCUUGUGUCUCUUGUUGGUUAUUGUAUUGCAGGAGGACAGAGGAUGUUGGUUUAUGAGUUUUUGCCUAAUGAUACACUUGAGUUUCAUCUCCAUGGUAAAAGUGGUGUUAUCCUUGAUUGGACUACAAGGCUCAGGAUUGCUUUGGGAUCAGCUAAAGGGCUUUCUUACUUACAUGAAGAUUGUCAUCCGAAGAUCAUUCAUCGAGACAUUAAAGCUUCAAAUAUUCUUCUUGAUGAAUCCUUUGAAGCCAAGGUUGCUGACUUCGGAUUAGCGAAGCUAUCUCAGGACAACGUUACACAUGUGUCCACUCGUAUCAUGGGAACUUUCGGGUACUUGGCUCCAGAGUACGCGUCAAGCGGGAAACUAACAGAUAGAUCAGAUGUUUUCUCCUUUGGAGUGAUGCUUCUAGAGCUCAUUACCGGACGCAGACCUGUUGAUCUCACUGGUGAAAUGGAAGACAGCUUGGUCGAUUGGGCAAGACCCUUAUGCAUAAACGCAGCUCAAGACGGAGACUACAGUGAGCUAGCUGAUCCACGGCUCGAAAACCAAUACGAGCCUAAUGAGAUGGCACGAAUGGUGGCUUGUGCCGCCGCAGCUGUCAGACACUCAGCUAGACGCAGGCCUAAGAUGAGCCAGAUUGUUCGGGCUCUAGAGGGAGAUGCAUCACUAGACGAUCUAAACGAAGGAGGGAAACCUGGACAAAAUCUCGCGAGGGGAUCAAGCUCGGACUAUGACUCGAGCACUUACAGUGCGGACAUGAAGAAGUUCAGGAAAACAGCGUUGGACAGCCAAGAGUACGGUGCAAGCAGUGAGUAUGGAAACACGAACGAGUACGAGCAGCGACGUAAUUAGUAGAGGAGGAGUAUAACAUAACAACUACUAGACAAGAGCUUUGACUUAGCUUUUUAGAUUCAAACAACCAACCAACCUUUCUCUGUUUAUGUUUUGUUUCCUUAUGAAACUUUUUACAACUCUUAUUUUAUUUUUUGUCAGAUUCUGACCGUUGUGCAUUUAUGUUUGUGUCUGUAUGAAGAAAGAUACAAUCUUUUGAUUGUGAUUAAUUGAUUAUUUAAUGCUAAAUGUCUCUGCUAGUGUUUGAAACAUGAGAUGAAACAAGAGAGGAAUGUAGCUCAAGACUUGAAUUCAGAUUCAAAGUUUCGAACUUUUCGUGAUCCCUUUUAUCUCUACAUCAAGCUGAAGACUUGGGUUCGUGAAAAGAUUCGAACUUUUUGUGAUCCCUUCUAAGCCGAAGACUAAUGAAAGAUAAAGAAGCAGAAAGGGUAAUGUAA